GUGAAACAAAAGAGCGAGUGCCACUACUAGUUAUACCAGUUAUACCGUGGCUCUCAGGUUUCUCUCUGUGUAUACAAUAGCAACGGGCUGUCACAUUUACCGGUUCAGCAUGAAGAUAGGUAUUCAUCCAUUGACAGCUGAUCCUACGGCAGCCUGGCGCGAGUUAUCCCAACAUCAGAAAGUCGUUAAAAUAAAUGCUAAAUUGCCGACGACUCAGGCACCAAGCGACAAGUUGCGUGUGGUAUGCAUGAGCGACACGCACUCGCUCACGCCGUUUAUAAAAUUUGACGUGCCCGCGGGAGACGUCUUCAUCCAUGCCGGGGAUUUCACGAAAUGCGGUAGCCUGCAAGAAGUCAUAGAAUUCAAUAAUUGGAUAGGUAACUUGCCACACAAGCACAAGAUAGUUAUAGCCGGAAACCAUGAGCUUAGCUUUGAUCGCACGUUCACGCAUCCCUUUUCUGUGCACACCAGUGGGGAUCAUCAGAAGCACACGGGAACCAGUAUACUCGACGACAUACCUACCUUGGGUAUGUCCAAGGAUGCUCUCGCAGAAGCUAUUAAGACCAAUAAUAUUAAAGAUUAUUUGACAAAUUGUACAUACCUCGAAGAUUCCGAGAUUGUAGUGCACGGAAUCAAGAUAUAUGGUACUCCGUGGCAGCCAGAGUUUUGUAAGUGGGCAUUUAACGUGCCGCGUGGGGAAGCAUGCCUCUCAAAAUGGGAAAUGAUUCCGACAGACACAGAUAUCCUCGUAACGCAUACUCCUCCUGUAGGUCACGGUGAUCUGUGCUGCACCGGAGUACGAGCCGGAUGCGUCGAGCUAUUGUCGACGGUACAGAACCGCAUAAAGCCCAAAUACCAUGUAUUUGGUCACAUACACGAAGCUUGGAGACACGCACUAUCCUCCGUUUUAAUGAUUGCGAGGAUCAUUAACAGGCACUUGAUACCAGUUUAUUCGACGAAAGCAUUCAACGAACCAAGAUACGGCAUAUCUUCAGACGGCAAGAUAAUAUACAUUAAUGCAUCAACGUGUGAUCUGAAUUAUCUGCCGAAUAAUCCACCGAUAGUAUUUGAUAUAACGCUACCUCCCGGUGUUCAAAAGUCAUAAUUCUUCAAACGGCGUUGAUGCAACGUUUCAUUGCGUAAUGUCGCAGCAGGAGUACUUUAGACCUUUCUCACGAGCUUGAGAAAACUCGUUAUGUGAUUGACGUAAGAUUAAUGGUUUCUUGCCUUAAUUUAUAAAUUAUGUAUGUACAAGCAGUAUAGUACAGCUGUUGAUUCGCCUUUCUUUUUGGCACAAUUUUUGUAAUAUCUCAACAAUAUUAGUAUAAUAUAACCCAAUUUGUAAUAUCUUUCUUAAAUAAAAGUAUAUUAUACGUA